AUGGACGGCUCAAAUCGUCGGGUUAUUAUCCGACGAAAUAUUCAUUGGCCCAACGGGCUAACAAUGAACUACAGUGCACAGAAGAUAUACUGGACAGAUGCGAGUUUAUUUUAUAUAGACAAAGCCAAUUAUGAUGGUUCAGAUCGUCAGAGCAUACUCAGGUCAGCUCCUAUCCAGUGUUCAUUGGAACAUCCGUUCGCUCUUGCUUUGUACGCUGAUAAAUUAUAUUGGACAGACUGGAAAAAAAGAGGGAUUCUCUCAACAAACAAGAACAAUGGACUGCGGUGCCCAGUAAUUAAAAAGUCAAAUACUUCUCCAAUGGAUAUUCGUGCCUAUGUAGCCAAAAGGCAGGUACCCAGGCCCGGUAAGUGUUUUGCUCUUGAAUACUCUUUUGUCUUUAACCUGAGAAAACAGCAGAUAUGUAGCGACGCUACCACACUAGUUUCCCCGUUAAAUGACGUCUGAGAAACGAGCGCAGAAAUUCCAUACAGAUGACGGGUCACUACCCAUUCUCGGAGACCCAGGGGUAGUCAGUCGGGCCGGGAGAAAAGAUGCGACGAAAGUUUUCAAGCACAAGCAGAAAAGCCCCUGGCUACCGACUCUCACCGGACCAUUUUCAAACGGUCAAGAGAAUACUGGCUCCUGAUUGGACACAAGAAAUGCAUUGUAUCAUUGUGCCCAAUCGACGAACAGCAUCUCCUGAGUUCUUUUCGUGAAUUCGUACACGACGGCUAUUAGGGACUUUAAGAUCCAGCGACGCGACAGCAACAAGAACGUCGCUUAAAAAGUGAAUCUGAGUUCUUUCAGUCUUUUUCGCAAUUAUUCCCACCCACUUACUUUGUCAAAUGUAGGCGAACCCUCCUGGAAUUUAAUUCCUAGGGACCAUAUCCAAGUUCAGAAAGAGAAAUAAAAUUUCGUCGUUGCUUCUUUACGUACUCCAUAAAACGCGAAGUUAUGCAUUUUCACGUCGUAGUCGUGCAAAAACGGGCAAAAAUGUACAAAAAAGCGUGAUGCACAGUUGUUAAUAACGUUCUCGUUGCCGUCCGCGUCGUUGGAUCCGCCCUAUUGACUCGAUCACGGCUUGUCUGGCUCAUGCACUAAAGAAAUGCACGCAGUCAGGAAACUUUCAGAUUAAUAUAAAUUCUCCAUUUCAAAAUACUGUCUACCCGAAAACUAAAGACGCUUUUCCAAAAAUACAAGCUUGAGCUUAAAACAGGCAUUUACACUUGCAUCGAUCACGCCUUCGUUAAUAUUAGAGAGUUUACACGACAGCUGACAGCCACGAAAACGUCGGAUGAACAGUGAAUUCACAUUUUUUCAGUCUCUGUUGUGAUUAUUCCACCCUGCUUACUUUGCCAAAUGCAAGCAAAAUCUUCUGGAGCUGAAUUUCUAUCUGCCAUAUUCAAGUUCAUAAAGAGAAAGAAAAUUUUGUGAUUGCCUGCACGUUUACGUCCUUCAGAAAACGUGAAAUCAAGCAUUUUCACCUGGUAGUCGUGCAGUGACGGCAAAGAAAUGUACAAAAAAGCGUGAUGUACGUGCAAAAAUGUUGUUUUUUUGCCUUGUCAAGGAGCGCUUACCAUUUGUAUGGAAAACCCGGUAACGUAAUUCCAGGGAGAAUUCAGAUGGAACGGUUCAUCCCGGUGGAAAUGUUCCCGUUUUCCCGUUUUUACCGAUACGACCAAAAUAUUUGGUACCAUUUGUCUUCUCAGUACCUGGCGUGUCUUGAGGCGGAAAGUGAUUUGUUUCAACCCAGGUCCACUCGUUAUCUGGUGUUUUGCAAUGGUACAACUCUAACUCCUUCCUCUUUUCGGAAACGUUUUCAAGUCCAGUACCAUUUGUCAGAAACUUUUUACCGAAAUUUCCUUACAAAUGGUAAGCGCUCAAGCUAUUGCUUUUUAUACUUUCUCGUCGCCGCAGCAUCUUAAUCUUCCUAUUAUUUACGAUACUUUGUGAUCCGUCAGAAACAGAAUUUUCUCAGUGCAAAAUGAAUUGCUCUUGCUGAUAGCAUCCGAAACGUUUUUUGACUCAUCGGUAGUUCCUUCGUUUCUGGUUAGGAAAGCUUAGGGAACGAACCGGGCAACUGUGGCAAGAUAAUAGACGUCGUGUACGAACUCACGAAAAGAACUCGGGGAAAACUGUUCGCCGAUUGGACACAAUAGUACAAAGCAUUUUUUGUGCCCAAGUAGGAGCCAGCAUUCCCUUGACCGUUUGGAAAUGGUCCGGUGAGAGUCGGUACCCAGGGGCUCUUCCGCCCAUGCUUGAAAACUUUCUUCGCGCCUUUCUCGACUGACUGCCUCUGGGUCUCCGAGGAUGGUCACUACCCAGAUCUGAGUAGUGCUUCUGAUUAGUUGAAUCAAAUUUCCCAGGCGGCACAACCAAUCAGAAGUACUGCCCAGAUCUGGGUAGUGACGCGCGAUCAGUAUGGAAUAUCUGCGCUUGUUUCUCAGUCGUCAUUUGGCGGGGAAACCAGUGGUAGCGUCGCCAAAUGUCGGCUUUUUUCUCAGGCUAGCGAAACUGUUGUCGAUUCACUUUGACUGUCAUCUUCUUGGUGACAGAUUGUGUACUUUACGGUGAAAACUUUACAUUUUACAACGUAUUGAUUUUAUAGAACGAAGGACGGUUUUGAUUUAUCAUACUACAUAGCGGACAAAAUGUGAAACAAAUACCAUUUUUGUCCGCCUUGCCUGUCUUACAUCCGUCAAGUAAUUUACUCCUACAAAAAUCCGUAAGUAAGACUUCUAUGUAUCAUUGUCCAGGGACCUGGCACAGCAUAUUACAGGGAAAUAAAGACCAUCCAUCGACUGACAACGGGUUGUGAUCGAAGGUUACAAGCUAAAAAGAGAAUUUGGUCAAAGUGCUCGUUUUUCUUCUUGAUCUACAAUAUUUUAACCCAUUCUUGGGGUAACCCAUUUCCCCAAUCACUUCACGCUAAAAGAUAGGAGGAUACCACAAGCUUUGAAAACUAGAUUUUUGUAAUUAGUAUGCAUCAUGUCUGUGAUCACUCCCAGAAACAGUGGCAACAAAUUUUAUGCAUUCUUUUCAGGUAAAAAUCCAUGCAGUUCAAGUACUAAUGGAGGUUGCAGUGAUUUAUGCUUGCUUAAUAAUCGCGGUAAAUCAUGUGCCUGCCCGACUGGCGUGAAGCUUUUACCUGACAACAAGACUUGUGAGCAAGGUAAGCGGCGGAAACUUUGAAAGCGGUUUCUUGGUUACAUGCACCUCAUCUGCGUUUAUUUAAAUUCGCAUUCCAGCGCUUGAUGUUUUUUCCUUCGGAGCACAACACGCAUUAUAGAAUUUUAAGAAAUCAAGUUAAGUAUUUGAGACUUUUUUUAUAGACUCACCAUUUUUUGUGUUAGAACAUCUCUUGUUUGAAGGCGAUUCCGUCAUGUUAGUUAAGUCUACAGCUUUUUACCAAUCCAGCCCAAAAUAGUUUUUGUGGCUAAGUAAACUACAUAAAUUUCGCUUCCACAGAUUAUUUCUAUUCCCUUGCGAAUUUUGGCAGCGCAGUGCUGCACUUCGGUUCAAACAGAAAUUUAAAGAGGCACAAACGUUUCAGGGAUGAAUAAAACUAGAACGCAUUAUUAUUGUCAAAGGGAGGGAAACAGUUUUAUCUAUGAAGGGGGGCUUCAAGAAGUACUCUGUAGCCUAGGACAAACGUCGAACUUUUCAUGAGACGAACCAAAAUCUCAUUUGGGAAUUAUGCACUCUUAAAGUUUCUAGAUGUAAAUAAAAUAAAUGUGUUUGCCAGCCACCAUGUUUGUUGCAUAGUUACUGAGGCGUUCUUACCAAAUUUAAAGUAAUUUGGGGGAGAAGCAUAAUUUCUGCAUUUUUUGCUAAAAUGAGCAUAAUUUGCAGAAAAUAGAUUUAAUUUUAGAAAUAUACGAACACUCCUAGUAGCAUAUUAUGCUAUUUUUGGCAGCACGAUCUAUCCAAGCCUAGCUAUUGCUUCGGCGUACGUCGCAGGUUCCGUGCACGUUUUGAUACGGGUUAAGGAAAAGGGAAUUUGCGCCGCAUAUUCCUGGACACACCCGACCUCACUGAUGUUGCCAUGCCAGUUUCUGGUCUCUUACCAUAAUGGCCAAAUUUCAGUUGUAAUAGGUGAAAGGCACAACUUUCAGUACUUCGUUUAGAUUCAUUUUGUUACAGGUCCUGUACACUUCCUAUUAUUGGCACGUAAAGUGGAUAUACGACGUAUUUCACUUGACACACCCGACUUCACUGAUGUUGUUAUGCCCGUUUCUGGUCUCCGCCAUGCAAUGGCGAUUGAUUUUGAUCCUGUGGAUAAAUUUGUCUAUUGGAGCGAUGACGAAAAGCUUGAAAUUAAAAGGUCCAAAAUGGAUGGAACAGGUAGGGCUACACGUUGCAUUUUAUAAGUUUUGCCACGGGCCUCGAUUGAAAUAAUCAGGUUCAUUUGGCGCUUACUGUUACAAUUUGCAUUCUGUCCUCUCCCUGAAAGUUUAUUUAAUUUUGGCUUCAACAGAAUCUCCUACUAAGGGGCAGACAAUUCCUGUUAGAUGCAUUGUACUAGGUCCCGUUUACAUUAAGAAACGUUGUUCCAGCAGGUACAAGUAAGGGACACUCGCCUAACUGAUCGAACAACUCUAGCUCUUCCUACGUUUUCCUCACAGAACUUGGCAAAACGUAUACAUGAAUUUGUCACAAAGUGUCGGCUCGGCUAAAAGGGUGACGCCCCUAGCUGAGUCAUCCUUUUGUGAUGGUAGGGUCGCCCUCCUUUCCGUGCCAACGUUUCUCCAUAAAAACACUCUUGUCUGACCGCGGCAGGAUUAGCUCAGCCGGUAGAACACUUGUCUUGCAAAGCGGGAGACCGCGGGCUCGAUUCUCUCUGGGCCGUACCAAUACUCAGGGACUUAAACUAAAUGGAAAUUGAUUGUACGGCCUUUGCCAUGAAAUGGCUACACCCUCGGGUGGCUCAGAUGACCACGUAAAAUGGCGGUCCCGUCUCCAGUAGGAGAUGUACAAGCUAAAUAUAUCGACACUCAAACAAAGUGCAGAGUGCGCCCAGCUUGGUCAACCAUGUCAAUCAAUCAAAGCAUACGCAAGCAAUGCUUUUUGACAAGACGCAAUCUCGUUUCCAGAGGUUGCAAUACUUUUGGUCAGCACCAAGGAUGCCCGUUCCGCUGGACAAGGGUAAUGAAGGCUUUCGGGACCAGAUUGUCCCAAGCGCCAUUGGCUCUGGCAAAGGGUUCAACUCAAAUGAACUGUCGCUAAAGUUAACUCGACUGGUAGGGUCACCCGUCUCGCUCGUACAACUUUACUCCAUAUAAACGGGCCUCAGCUAACCCUUGGCAUGCAGCUGAAGCAGAGCCAUUUCUAGCUUCAUGAGUGGCACGCUUUUUGUGUUUGUUUGAUUACCUUUGUUAGGUGUGCAAGUCAUAAUCAACGACGUUAGUCAUCCUGAUGGUAUUGCAGUCGAGUGGCUGGCACGGAACUUGUACUGGACUGACACAGGCACAGAUCGAAUUGAAGUCAGCAGGUUGGAUGGUUCGUUUAGAAAGAUCGUCAUCUCUGAAGACCUAGACGAGCCAAGAGCAAUAACACUGCACCCUUCUCUCGGGUAAGCUGGUUAUUAUGAGUCUGCGGUCACAAGAGUUUUACUUAUUAAACAUUUCUGUGAUAAAUGAUGACGUCUUAAGCACACCGAGUGAACAUCGUUCAAAAACUCGUCGUUUUUCUCAAUAUCGCACUGGCGUUCCAACCGCUAAUGAAACAGCAUUGCAUUUCAGUCAUUGCGCUGCUAAUAAGGGACAUUUUUGACACUCCUAUCAAGCAAUUCGUAAGAGAUCCCCAGGGUUUCAAUAUUCAUUAGUCUACUACUCUAGUGACCUCGAAUACAGGAUUAGACACUGCUAUGCUGAUCAGAUCCCUAAGAUGCUAUACGUACUGAAAAGAAAUGCUUAUUAUGACGCUAACUGAGGAAACACACUCAGGAACACAGCAAAACAAGCUUGAGCUAAGCUUGGCUAAGUGUUCGUCACAAAUAAAUCGUGAUCAUUAAAAGACUACAUGUAUCUGAAAAGACUGAUCACACAAUUUCAAGGCACAUAUUAACGUUAUUUUUCGACUGGCCAAAACCCCGCUUCUAACCUCUUUUCUCAGGUUUAUACAGUGAAAACCUAAAUUCUGUUUCUCUGGCAGGUACAUGUUCUGGACUGACUGGGGAAAACAUCCAAAGAUUGAACGAGCAGAACUGGAUGGUAGUCAUCGUAUUACUUUGGUGAAGACAUCAGUGGUUUGGCCUAAUGGCAUUACCAUUGAUUUCCACGAACAAAAACUCUACUGGGUUGAUGCCAAGUUGGACAAAAUUGAAAUCAUGAACCUUGAUGGAAGCAACCGUAGAGUAAUUCUUGACUCUAAACUGCCACAUGUGUUUGGAUUUACUGUGUUAGGAGAUCGUUUGUUUUGGACAGAUUGGCAAAGACGUGCCAUAGAGAGUGUCAACAAAAAGACUGGUAACAACAGAAACGUGAUCCUUGACAGUGUACCUGAUUUGAUGGGAUUGAAGGCUGUCAAUCUUGAUCUCCCUCUUGGUAAGGUUGUGUUUUUUGUGUGUUGAUUUGAUUUGUUUCUGACUGUUAAGCAACCAAAUAACGAUGGUAGCUACCAGCAUCACAAAUAAAAGGAAUGUCGAAAUUACACUAAAGAUCGUUGCUUUACAAAAGAUGCCAAGCAGGUUGUUUUUGUGAAGGGUUGGAGUCAUUUCAAGAGGAAUAGUUCACCCGGACGAUCAUACUUAGCUUAUGACAGGUUAUUUUUAUUCGCAGAGUUCAUUUGUAAAUCGACUACCCUUUCGGACAGACCUCGUUUUGGCGUUUUAGCUAAUAGGAGUAAAUUUUCUUUUAAUUGCUAAAAACGAAAUUCCCAGCGACACAGUACUCUCCCAUGACUUGUAGUCGACUUGUUUUUUUGCCAGUAAAUCAGAUAGCAGUUUCUCAUUAUGAUAUGAUGAAUAUGUGAAUUUCACAUGUUGAAACCGCGGAUUGAAGAAAUUGAAUGCAACUAUAUCACCUCAGUUAAAGACGCGGGUCUGCAGGGUCAGGGUACCGGCGAACCUGUGAUGACCUUCGUUGCAUUUAAUUUCUCAUUCAUGUUCCCCUACAUUUCUAGGUUCCAACCCAUGUGAGCAUAACAACGGAGGGUGCAGUCAUUUGUGUCUAUACACACCAACCGGAAUCAGAUGUGAAUGUCCGACCGGGAUGAUACUUAAAGAAAGAAAAAAAGCUGGAAAAAGGCAAAAGAGGUGCACAUGUAUGUGUCGACAUUUUUCUUUUUAAUGAGAUAAAGUAUUUAAUUCCCUUUUUGAUACAGUUCUUGGGGAAUCUCUGCCUCUUAAUUCACAUCCUUUGUCCAGUUAUGAAGUUUGUACUAGGGGAUGAAUAAAAUUUGUUGAUGCUUUCUUGCAAGAUAUUGAUCUUUUGCCUGCUUCUCUCUGACUUUGGUAUCCCAGUGAGCAGUGGUUACGUUACGGAGAGAAACCACUGCGAGCGACUGUUUGCUUUUUUCAUCGAGCCGCCGUCCAGCACCAUGGAUGGAUAAAUUAACUUUGAAGAUGUAAAUGGGCUCACGCGCAUUUGCGCUGCAAAACAAUAACUUCGUACGUACAUCACGUGUUUUUGUUCAUUUCUUUGCAUUUGUUGCAAGACUACGACGUGAAACGUCCUAAGUUUACGUUAUAUAAGGGACGUUAACGGGAGAAAACGAUUUAUUUUUUUUCUUUUUUCUUACCUUAGAUUCAUCCCUUUAGAAUUAAACUACAGAAAAGUUUGAAACAUUUGACAAAUUGAACAAGGUGAAGGAAGGCGAAUUCACUUUCGGAGUGACGUUUUGGGUGCCUUUUUCCGGCCGAGCGCGGCACGCGCGUACACGUCAUGAUUGUUCCCAAGAAACAACAGGAAGUGGUGUCGUUUGGCGUUUUGACGUAGGCGCCACGUGGACGCGCAUGCUCAAUGGCAAAGCAUAUGGUCGCUCGCAGUGGUUUCUUUCUCUUCAUAGCGCAGCGUCCGGCCUGGAGAAACCACUGCUCGCAGGGUAUGUCUUUGGCCGCAAUUUUUUUUAUCAUGGACUGAGUUAUCUCAAGGAUCCACAAUUGUAAUAAUUUCCGGUAGUUUUCCCUGAUCUGCUUUAUUGAGGCUAAAGUGAUGUUCUUUACAGAUCCUUCCCGCCUCUUAUUUUUUGCGAGAAAAAAAAGUCUGCGACGCAUGUUCCUAGACACGCCUGAUCCUGCUGAUGUGGUUGUGCCAGUUCCUGGGAUCCAGCAUGCAGUUGCCAUUGAUUUUGAUCCAGUGGAUAAGUUUAUUUAUUGGAGUGACGUUGAGGCUUUUGAAAUCAAAAGAGCGAAAACGGAUGGGACAGGUAUUUAUUGGAUGUGCAUGCAAAUUUUCACGCUUUUUCUUCAUGAAACAUGGUUGUUAGUUCAGUUUUCCAUACUUUUUUCUACCAAUGUUUCCCUAUAAACCAGAGGUUUUUCACAAGUUUCAUGUACUCCUGAAUCAAUUAGUGGGCAUCCACGACUGCUGGAACACUAUAAAUUACAAAGAUAUGUUUUAGCCCUAAAAAAGGGGCUGUUUCGGUGAGUAAAAUAAUAUACAGUCCUGUUUUUGAGUCUAAUUUGGCUCCCUUGAAUCAGGCCAAUACAGUCCGAUUACCUACUGCUGAUUUGGACCUAAGAUCUGAAAUGGGUCCCAUCUUGAGCUGGAAUAGCCUUUUGACUGGGCUGUUUUGGCUUAAAUGGUGCUCAAAUGGCUCCAGGAGGGGCUGAAUCAGACUUACCUGCAGGGUUGGGGCUGAAAUAGAUCAAUGAACAAUUUAUCCAACCAGAUGUAGUUGUUAUUGUUCAACCUGCAAUAAGCUACGCAUUUUGCUUUUGCUGCCUUUGUUGUUUAUGUUUCUCUAGUCACGUAAAAAGAUUGUUAGGAAAAUCCUUUCCGGACCAACAUCGAACGUGCAGGGAGAAUGAAACAUGUAGUAUUUAACUUAAAAGAAAGAUCUGACUUCAAACCAGUAUUCGAACCUAUGUGCUCUUCGGAAUGGGUCUAGCGCUCAGAAGAGCUACAGUAGCUAGAGCUCUUGCUAAGCUCGUAUGAGGCAAUCAUCUUACAUGUGAUUGGUUGUCUUUUUUAGGUGUGCAGCUUAUAGCAGGUAUUAAUGUCAGACAUUGUCAUGGUUUGGCUGUCGACGUGGUGGCACGGAACAUAUAUUGGACAAACACAGACACUGAUCGAAUUGAAGUCAGCAGGCUGGAUGGUUCCUCAAGGAAAGUUCUUAUCAACGACCACCUUGACGAGCCCAGGGCAAUAGCAUUAGACUACACUCGCGGGUGAGCCAUUUAUUUUACUAUUCUGUUUAACCAAAGCUUUCAGCAACGGAGGGACAGAUGAAGUCAAGUUUAACGGUUUCUGCAGAACCCUUAUGAAACGCAGAUGUAAGGCUGUUUUUUGGCCUUGAUGGCUUGAAAACUCACAAAAGAAAGAAAAAAUGAUGUUAUGAAAGACAAGCAAUUCGCGUCAAGGGAAUUCCUCUUUUUCAGAGCUAGAAGGAAAAAAUAGACAUUAAUGUGAAGAAAGUUACAUUUUCAGUUAGUUUCAAAUAGCCUCUUCGCAUGCUGUGUAAAGUCUUUUUUUCCUUUCCAGUUAUAUGUUCUGGACUGAUUGGGGAAAACACCCUAAAAUUGAACGGGCAGGACUGGAUGGUAGUCUUCGCGUCACCUUGGUGAACACAUCGGUGGCAUGGCCUAAUGGCAUAACAAUUGAUUUUCACGAUAAGAAGGUCUACUGGGCUGAUGCCAGGCUGGACAAAAUUGAGGAGAUGAAUUUGGACGGACGUAAUCGAAGAAUAGUGCUGGAUCAAAAACUGUCACAUGUAUUUGGAUUAACUUUACUAAGUGACCGACUUUAUUGGACAGACCGGGGUAGAUUGGCCAUAGAGAGUUGCAACAAACGAACGGGUAAUGAAAGACAGACAAUCAUGGGCGGAGUACACGGUCUGUUGGGGAUAAAAGCUGUCAAUGUCAAGAGAGUACACGGUUAGACUAAUCGACUUAUUUGAGAUGAUUAGAAUUGUGUGUGAUUUUCCCUUCACUGUCUAUGGUAAAAAUGUUACGCGUUUAAUAAUCAGGGGCGUCAGUCCAGGAAGUAUUGCUAAGGAGGGUCCAAAUUGUGUACACUGUUGAAGCCAGUACCUUCCACCGCCCUUCAUCCAUCCACCCCCGUGGUUAAAAGGCAACAUAUAACGCGUGUCAUUUUUAUGCCUUUACAUGGACGUUUUAUGUGGCUAUUAGGUGUUAACUAUUGACGAAAGAAGUUGGUAAAAGGGGCCAUGUAACGAAGAUUUUGCUAUUUUAGUCAAUUCUAUGGUGAAGUCAUUACUUACGAAGAAAAUAUCUAACAAAUGUCGUCGGGGAGCACAAACCAAAAAAAAUGUGCGUCGCGUAGAAUGCCCGGUCACAUCCGAAUGUUAAAGCCGCAUUCGAGCCACGAUUUGGUCUUCAAAAUAUGGCGGAAUAAUAAGACUGAAGCGACUUUGAGAGUUUUUUGUCUAUGAUUGUGAGUUGCUCGUAACCAAUCCUCAAUGGAUACCACUGGAAUAUAUGAUUUUUAAAGCCGUGGCAUUAAAACUUUCCGCCAUUCAAGUUUCAGUCCAAGUUUAUUCUUGCCAUCUUUAGGAACAGACGACAGGAAAUAGUUUCAGUACCUAAACAAUCUGAAAGACAAAUACUGGACCAUUAUUUUUAGAAUUCAAUUUUUUCGGACCGUUUUAGCUUUUGAAAAGAUCGCAAAUAGCGCGACGUAAUCCCUUUGAGUUGAAAAAAAAAAACUUUCCAUCUGCCUGAUACAUGAAGGGGAGAAAGGGGAGACUCGGACUCCUCUGGCUCUCUCGCCUGAUCUGCUAUUUUAUGAGGGGAAGGAAAGACUCAUUUACAUUAAAAGGUUCUAGCAGAUGGACUAGACAACAAUGAAAGACAUUGAAGAUAUAUAGAAUGAAAUAACAUAAAACGAGUUAGAAAGAAUUAAAUAAUGUAUGAAAAAGCUUUCUAAGACGGGGGACUUCUUCUUCUUACGGCAGGGAUUUAUUCGCCCCAACGAAAAAGGUCAACCAUAGUGGCUUUUCAAUUGCUUCUCUUAUCGUUCUUUUAGGUUUCAAUCCCUGUCGUCGAAAUAACGGAGGGUGCAGUCAUUUGUGUCUGUAUACACCAACUGAAGUCAGAUGUGAAUGUCCGUCAGGAAUGACACUGAAAAAAAGGAAGCAAACUGGGAGAAAGAAUAAAAAAUGCAUUUAUAUGUAAGUGUAAACACUUCUAAACCUCUGGCAAAGGCGACCCACUUGCCCUUAACUCUUCAAUGAGGCAAGUCUUUGUUCUAGUUGUAUAAACAACCUUUUCAUAAAAAAAAUUGACGCUGAUUAUUAAGAUCUAAUAAAUGUAACGAAUUCGAAGAAUAAAUUAAAGGACAAUAAUAAACACGUUAUCACGUGACCUUUCUCUUGUUAAAAUCAUGGAAUACAACGAUAAAAAAAAAAAACAGAUGAAAAGAGCAUUGAAAAUGGUCGGUUUGCCAAUUUUUUGCUUUUUAAACUCCCAACAAUAAGAUUUAUGGCGGUUUAAAAAAGCCCUUGGACUGCGCGCACGCCGUACGCCUUUCAAGUCCAUAUAAAUUUUCAGAUAUUCCCACUCCCAAAGGAUCUUGGCCUUGUGUGUCAGUCAUCUCAAAAUUUGUUCUCUGGCUAAUUGUUCUAUUCUCUCUCCAUCUAUUCUAUUGCUUAAAAACCUUUUCCGACUAACGACGCAAGUACAAUGCGAGCAUAAGUAUAAGCUAGGAUGACCAUUAUUGCGUUAUUAAUGAUGGCCAUGAUAUAUUAGAGAGAUUAAGAUUCACGUUUACGGCAAGCCGCUAACGUCGGAUUCAAGUUGAGAAUUUCUCAAAAUAGAAAAUAAGAAAAUAAAAACUGUCCAGAACAAUUCUUAUGGAUAAAAUUGGCGUUUUGAAAUUUAAACCGCUUAUUUUUGAAUUUAAAUAUGAAAGAAUAAACAGUUAACGACAAGUAAAAAAAACUUGGUCAAAUGGCCUGUUUUCAAAUUCAACGUAUCGUUUCCCAAAUUGGCGUAAACGUGAAUCUUAAUCUCUCUAUUAAGCUUAACAACUUUAACGGCUUGCAUCGCCAGGACCAGUCUUAUCUAAGUUGUAUUCCAUAUUUUCUUGUUUUGCAUAAGAAAACACACGUUACCGGGAGUUGUAAUGUGUCCUGGUACACUAAGCAAAGAUAACGUUGACGGACGUCACUAUAACAGCAAUCUCAACAUUGCUUUUGUUUUUGAAACCUUUGUACCUUUUAACAUCUGUCUGGCCUUUGGAGAUAUCAGGUCAUGCCAGAGCACUGAAAGAGAGCAAAUUUAUCUGAGUGGUUGUUACUUUUGACGUCUUGGACGUUGAAAAGACGUUAUUCUGGUAGGUUGACUUAUAUCUGCAACACUAAACAAUACUAUCAAUCAAAAGGUGACUAACGGUAGAGGUGUACCCUUGGGGCAGGCGCGCGUCGAAGUAGGUUAUUGUGCGGCUUGAUACACCGUGCGUUUUACACUAACCUUGAAGUGGUUCUCCCCUUCUAACGUGAGUUAAACUGUAUUUUUUUCUUCUCUAGAUCUUGAUUGGCAGAGACUGGCGAGAAGGGAUAGUAAGUGGGAAGACUUAUUGUGAGAAAAAGAUGACUAAUCUCUUAAAAUUAAUACCUACUGAGAAGCAAGAACGAUCACGAAAACGAUUUAGAACAAUAUGUUCAUGGGAACGAGCGGGGAAAUAUUAACACAAAUUGUAGAAAACAAGGGCUGUUGUUAAGAAAUUUGAUUGAC